GAGUAGGGUCUACGCCAACAUUGCAAACUCUGAUUUAAAAAACUUCACUCUAAAGCCAACCAACACCGUAACAACCGGUGGUUUUACUGGUGGUGGAUGGGUGACAAUGGCUCCUGGCGGUGGUAAAAUUCUAUGGUCAACUGCCUAUCCGAGCAAUGCAACUUCUCCUGGACCAGUGAAAGUGGCUAAUGGUGUUUUAUUUGCUGGAUCCACAAAUCCGCGAGGCUCCAAUGCUGAUCAUUUUUAUAAAAUUCAUGGGCACACAUUUGAGAACACAGCAAAGUAGAACUUGCCAAUGCACUUGCAGAUAUGGGAUGGACAUUUUUUUUCCAUUUGAUUCAGUAAUCUGUACGACUAAUGAUUAAUAAAAUGUUACAAUUGGCAUGAAUUCAAAGAUUGACCAUAUAAAUAGUAAAAAGGCAAAGCUUCUCUGCAUUUUGUGUGAGAGCACUUCAAGCUUUCACUUCCAUGGCGCCUGCAGAACUCUCCAAUGGUCCUUUUCUCCUUUCUCUGUGUAUGUUUUGUCUAGUCAUAACACCAAGUGCAGGUUUUAACAUUUGGGGUUCUGCACAGAAAAAAAAGGAUGCCCAAGAUUGGCUAAAUCACGGCGGAGACUUGUACAACCGAAGAUAUGCCAACAGGGAGAAGAAGAUAAGCCCUGUGACAGUUUCCAAUCUCAGUUUGAAGUGGAAAUUCUAUGCAGGUGGUGACAUAACUGUAACACCAGUCAUUUUCGACGGCACACUCUACUUCCCCAGCUGGAAUGGAUACCUCUACGCUGUUAAGGCCUCCGACGGAUCCCUUGUUUGGAAGAAGAAUGUGCAGAAGCUGACUGGCUUUAACAACACCGGUUUCAUACUCAAUGUCAACUCUACAGUAACAAGAUCGACCCCAACUGUCGCCGGCGAUCUGCUCAUUUGUGGAAUCUAUGGACCUGCUUUUGUUAUUGCUGUCAAAAGGUCGAACGGGAAGCUUGUCUGGUCUACCAGGCUUGACAACCACACCAGAGCUUUCAUCACCAUGUCUGGAACCUAUUACAAAGGGGGUUACUAUGUUGGAACAUCGUCACUAGAAGAAGGACUCACCAUCGAACAAUGCUGUACGUUUCGUGGGAGCGUAUCGAAAUUAGACGUCCGAACGGGCAAAAUCCUGUGGCAGACCUUCAUGUUGCCUGACAAUUUCGGCAAGUUUAAUGAGUAUGCAGGAGCAGCAAUAUGGGGAAGCAGCCCUUCCAUUGAUGUCCCUCGGAACCUCGUCUUCGUUGCCACAUCGAACCUUUACUCAGCUCCUCCGCGGAUAAUUGAAUGCCAGGAGAAGGAAAACAAUCAGACAUUACCUUCUCAUCCAGAGGCCUGCAUUGAGCCCGAAAACCACUCCGAAUCCAUGGUAGCUCUUGAUUUGGACACUGGGAAAAUCAAAUGGUAUAAGCAGCUAGGAGGCUAUGAUAUAUGGUUUGGAGCCUGCCAUAGACAUUUGGAUCCACGGUGCCCACCUGGUCCUAGUCCGGAUGCAGAUUUUGGUGAAGCACCAAUGAUGUUAACUACUUAUAUCAAUGGGGCUAGGAGGGACCUUGUUGUUGCUGUUCAGAAAAGCGGGUUUGCUUGGGCUUUGGAUCGCGAUACUGGCAGCAUAGUAUGGUCUACGGAAGCUGGACCAGGAGGACUAGGAGGAGGAGCAAUGUGGGGUGCGGCCACGGACGAAAAGAGGGUCUACACAAACAUAGCCAACAGCCAGCACAAGAACUUCACUCUCAAACCAUCCCAGAACACUACAAUUGCUGGUGGAUGGGUGGCAAUGGAGGCUCGCAGCGGCAAUAUCCUAUGGUCCACGGCGAAUGCUAAUGAUGCUACUGCCCCAGCCGCUGUCACUGUGGCUAAUGGCGUUGUUUUUGGAGGGUCUACUCAUCGACUAGGACCGAUAUACGCGAUGAACGCUAAGACCGGGAAAAUCUUGUGGACAUAUGAUACCGGGGCUACUGUAUAUGGCGGCAUUUCGGUGAGCGACGGAUGCAUUUACCUUGGAAAUGGAUACAAGGUCUUCAAUGGAUUCGUUAACCCGAAUUACACCGCUGGAACUACGCUCUUUGCCUUCUGUGUUUAGUUGCUACCAGUUUCCCACACUGUGUAAUAUGAAUCUUUGCCCUUAGGUGAAUUCUGUAAUAACACAAGAUGCAGAGCAUGCAUUAGCAAUACAAGCAUUAGCCACUCAA